ACCCCAAAAGUCAUUGUAAUUUUCCAUUUCAUCCCCCAUUCUUCCCAUAAGUAACAUUUUUAGCUUCCCAACUUCCUCACUCUGUUGAUCUUCACAUCACACCCCUUUAAUUCCUCUCUCUAAUUUUUUCUCUCCAAUUUUGUAAACCUCUCUGAAUAACCCACAACAAAACAAUUUUUGUUUGAAUAUUUCAAGUGAUUUUUAUAUCUGGGUUUUAGCACUAUUGUACUCCUUGUAGUUCAUAAGGUUGAGUUAAUGAUGCUACUUUUUGAAAUUUACUGAAAAAACUGGGGUUUUAUUGAGUGAAUUUUCCACUUGAUGGAUUAAGGUUUACUGAAAAACCCAAAUGUCUUUCUCAUAUGCACUUUCAUCCCUAAUUUUCCCCAUAUGUAACAUUUUUAGCUUCCCAAUUUGUUCUUUCUGGUGAUCUCCAUAUCAUACCACUUUACUUUCUCUGCACAUCAGUAAUAUUUAUAUCUGGGUUCUAGCACUAUUGUAGUUCUUGAAGUUGAGUUAUGAUGAAUUAAGGGGUUUGUUUUGUGAUUAUGAUGAAAUAAAGGGUUUAGAUUUGCAAUGAAUAGAAGUUUUAGGGGAGAAGAAAAGGCGUUAAGGAAAUUACAACAACAAAUGGGGAGUUUUAGGAAUUCAGUAAUGAAGGAGAAGGAAGAAGAGCUAGCUUUAUUUUUCGAAAUGCGAAGAAAAGAGAAGGAAAGAGAUGAUCUUCUUCUUUUUCAAAAUAACGAUGAAGUUGAUGGAUCAAAAGCAGGCGACUCACUAUUCGAUAUUGGAUCAGCCACUACUACUGUGAGGAAAAAUGGUGCUGAUGAUUUCCUCAAUGCUGACAAUGAUAAAAAUGAUUAUGAAUGGCUUCUAACACCUCCCAGUACUCCUCUGUUUCCUUCACUUGAGAUGGAGUCACAAAAAACAAUGAUGAGUCAGCUGGGAACAGCUAAAGCUCGUCCAACUGCAUUGAAAUCUAGAUUAGCACAUCCCCAGCCCGAGCCCUCUGGUAGAAGCAAUUUAGCAUCUAGACAACCUGCUUCCGCUGCUGGAUUAAAUACUUCAAGUUCAGGUCUUCGAAGACCAUCUUCAUCAGGUGGAUCAAGACCUUCAACACCAACUGGACGACCCACAUUAAGUGCAACAUCCUCCUUGACAUCAGCAUCUAGACGCACAUCUACUGCAACAUCCAAAGCAAUGACAUCCACUGCAACUUCUAAAACAAUGUCGACCACAACCACGUCUCGUCCAUCAAGGUCUUCAACACCAACUUCUCGUGCCACCUUGCCUUCUGCUAAAUCCACGGUUCCUCAAAGAUCUUCAACACCUACAUCCAGGUCUAGUGCGAGGUCCUCAACACCAACCAGAGCCUCCUCAACACCCGCAACCAGGGCAUCUAUUCCUGGAUCAAAGUCCACAUCAAGGGCAGCAACUCCAACUCGCCGGCCUACUUCAGUGUCCAGUACAGCUAAUGCUACUGCUCCUUCCGUUAACUCUCCGUCUUCAGUUACCACAGCAACCACUACGGCAAGAAAUCCUGGAGCCUCACGUGCUAGUUCUCCAGCUGUAAAACCCAGACCAUGGAAGCCUUCAGAUAUCCCGGGUGUCUCCUAUGAUGCUCCGCCCAAUUUACGGACAUCACUCUCUGACAGGCCAACUUCAGCUACAAGGGGUAGACCUGGAGCACCAAGUGUUAGAUCUUCAUCCAUUGAACCAGUUACAAAUGGAAGGAUUAGACGACAAUCUUGCUCUCCAGCGAGAGGUCGUCCUCCUAAUGGUGUUGUGCGUAGCAGUGGGAGCUCUGUUCCGAUUCCAGCUAUGAGUCGAUUACAUGCUAAAGCUAAUGAUAAUGUAAGCCCUGGUAUGGUUGGAACUAAGAUGGUUGAAAGGGUAGUAAAUAUGCGGAAGCUGGCUCCUCCUGCAAAGCAGGACAACAAACAUUCUCCCCGUAAUAACUUGUAUGCACACUCUUCAUCGUCUGACAGCUUGGGCUUUGGAAGGACAUUGUCAAAGAAAUCCUUGGAUAUGGCAAUGAGGCAUAUGGAUAUACGGCGAAGCAUCCCAGGUAAUUUGCGUCCAUCGAUGACUAAUAUUCCAGCAUCCUCCAUGUACAGUGUGAGAUCAGGACCUAACAGAAGCAGAACAGUGAGUGUAUCCGAUUCCCCACUUGCUACAAGCAGCAAUGGUAGUUCAGAAAUGAGUGUCAAUAACAAUGCAUUGUGUGUUGAUGGGAGUGAAGUUGAUGAUGCUAUUAGCGGUGAUAAAGGUGCUAGAUCUCCUGCCAGUAUGCAUGGAAGGUAAUGAUUGCCCUUCGCUGAUGCAAGAUUAAAAAUUAUGUGCUGAUUCAGUGUCGGAAUGAGAGUUUGAGGCGCUUGAAUUAUCAUUUUUUCCCAGGAAGAACCUAGGCGUAUGGUUAUCUCAUUAUGUAAAGAUUGAUGCACAGUUAGCUAUAUUAUUUGAAGCCAGCCUUAUCUCAUUAUUGUGUUGUGUGCUUAAACAAAUUUUCUGCAAGCAGUAAUGCUAGUUCUGAAGUGA